AAUGUUUCUUUCUAUUGCUCAGUGAACUGAGAAGUGUUUACCUGCAAAAUGUGAAUUGAUUUAAGUAUUAUUCUAUGAAACCUUAAACAUAUCAUCCAGCAUGAGAAGUCUAGUGAAGUGUCGUUAUAGAAAAUUUUAUUUAAUACUCUUGGCAAUCUCGCUUCUCAGCUGUUUAGUGAUAUUUUACCUCUCAAAGUACACACUCAACAAACUCAUCGAGCUUCAAGAAAAUGGAAAAUAUCAAAGACUGCGACAUAACCGAAGAAUUCCUCAAAUUAUCGGUCACUACAUGGGACCGAAUGCAAACGUAAAUCUCUCACAAGAAUUUCUCAACACAAACAACUUCGAUCCCAUUCCCGGCGAGGGCGAUGAUGGAAAUCCAGUCAUUAUUCCUUCCAAAGACCUUUUACUGAUGCAACAACUCUUCCAAAUCAACAGGUUUAAUCUACUUGCUAGUGAUAGAAUGUCACUAAAUAGAACUUUACUCGAUGUUCGAAAUAAUGUAUGUAAAACUAAAUCAUACAGCUCAGAUCUUCCAAAAACUACAAUCAUUAUCGUCUUUCAUAAUGAAGCAUGGUCUGUACUUUUAAGAACAAUUUGGUCUGUUAUAACUCGAUCAAAACAAGAACAUUUGAAAGAAAUUCUUUUGAUUGAUGAUGCAAGCACAAGAAACUUCCUCAAGCAGCAACUUGAUGAUUACGUUAAAAAGCUUUCUGUGCCAACAAAAGUUCUUAGAUUAAAACAAAGAGAAGGUUUAGUCGCAGCAAGAUUACUCGGAGCCAAAGAAGCUUCUGGUGAUGUUUUAACAUUCCUCGACGCACACUGCGAAUGCACAAAUGGAUGGCUUGAGCCGCUCCUCAAACGUGUCAAAGAAAAUCCCAAAGUGGCAAUUAGUCCAGUCAUUGACAUUAUUAGUGAUGACAACUUUAGUUAUGUUAAAAGCUUUGACUUUCAUUGGGGUGCUUUUAAUUGGGAACUUCAUUUCCGAUGGUUUAUGUUAGGCGAAGAAGAACUAAAACGAAGAAAGAAAGAUAUCAGCGCACCUUUUAAAAGUCCUGCUAUGGCUGGUGGACUUUUUGCAAUAUCUCGAGAUUAUUUCUUUGAAAUUGGCAGCUACGAUAAAGACAUGAAAAUUUGGGGUGGUGACAACAUCGAAAUGAGCUUAAGAAUUUGGCAAUGUGGUGGAUCCAUUGAAAUUUCUCCAUGUAGUCAUGUUGGUCAUUUAUUUCGCAAAAGUUCUCCUUACACAUUCCCAGGUGGAGUUAAUGAGAUUUUGAAUAGAAAUCUUGCAAGAGUUGCAGAUGUUUGGAUGGACCAAUGGAAAGAAUUUUAUUUUAAAUUUAAUCGAAAUGCGAAUGAGUUGAGAACAACAUUGAAUACAACUGAGAGAAUAGCAUUAAGGAAACGACACGAAUGCAAACCUUUUACGUGGUACCUGCAGCAUGUGUGGAAGGAAAAUUUCUUUCCAGCUAAUAAUCGGUUCUUCGGAAGAAUUCAAAUGGCUGAUCAAACAAAGAUUGAACCUGAAUAUCGACGAUAUUAUGACGUCAUACAAGAAUUCAGUCGUGUUAUUCACUUUCAAGAACAAUCUAUCGACGAGCGAUGGAACAAACUUAUUAAAUAUUUUAACAAACGAACCGCGACAAUCAGCGAAAUGUUUUUACAUAAAUCGAACAAUUAUUUCUGUCUUCAGAAACCAAAAACAAGUGGCAACUCAUCUCCUUACGGCCAAACUUAUCUUAGGAAAUGUUCACAAGUUUACGACUCUUUAGAUGAAAUGUUCAUCAUAACAACUGAUGGAAAAAUCAUGACGAAUGAGAAUUUAUGUUUGGACUCAUUUAAGUUACAAUCAUCGGACUAUUCAAAUGAGAAAGGAAAGGAUGAAAUUCAUUUUGCUAAAAUGGUGACUUGUUCAACGAAAACGACGCAAUAUUUCGUUUAUAACACAAACACCCUUCAACUUCUUCAAGCCAACACAGGAAUGUGCUUGGAAGGCUCUGACAUUCCAUUCGAAAACGAAAGCUAUAAAGUCACACUGGUCGAUUGCAGUGAAAACAACAAAUACCAGAAGUGGAUUCUCUUUCCAGUUGAGUGGCAUUGAUUGAAUUCCGUAUCGUUUUUUUUCUUCUUCUUCUACUUAUUUUCUUCUUCCUCCGCUCGAUGGUUUUGUGCUUUUUUGUAUCAUUGCUUUUUGCGGUGAAGUUGAUAGAAGGAGAAAAAAAACUACGAAAAGCUGUGAUAAAAACUUCGUAAUUGAAAAAAAAGAAUUGAGACAAUUCUGUGGAAUUUCAUGACUUUUUUUCUUAUAAUUCGUGUUGUACAGCAAGAUGUUUUUUUGUGUUUCGAGCCCAAGUUUAUUUUAUAAUAAUAAAUAAAGAAAAAAAUUGUGAAAGUUGGA